GUGAUCAAUAGUUACAGCCAAAGCUCACUGACUAUGUGACAGGCGUAAUGAUGGUUUACAAUGUAUGGUUGUAACCUCUGCAGUCAGAUGUACAUUAUGUUAUUUCCAUCUAUCCAGCCAUGUGCUGCAGUGAGUUCGGCAGUUGUGGAGGCAGCUAUAAGUACAACCUCGGCUGGGCCCUGAUUGUUCUGGGCGUCGUUGGCGCCAUCCUGGCAGCGAUAGCUGAUGGGGUGUACGCAGGAUACCCGUUUGCUGGUGUCCAUCACAUCAGCGCUCCCAUAUGGGGAGGUAUCAUUAUUAUAGUUGCUGGAGGCUUGGCUGUCCGUGGAGAGAAGAGUCCUGAUAAUGCCUGUCUGAGGAUAGCACUACUGGUGAUGAGCAUCUUUGGCAUCAUCUCUGCCUUUGGGAUUUUCGUGAUCGCAGCCGCGGGACAAGGCAUCGAUGGAAUCCGGUGUGACCAGUUUGUGUCGGGACCAUGUGAUCGUGACGGAGGCACCCCUUCCGAGAUUGACGGCCAGAUUACUUACACCCACCGCUGUAGUGAUUAUUGGUCUGAUAACUGGUACGAUCUGUUUCCAGACUGGCGCAGUGUUAAUUGUUGGGGAGUAAGGAUCCUCCACAUCCUCCAGAUCCUGCUGGGACUUGCAGAGACAGUUCUGAUGUUCAUCGUCAGCAUCAGGACCUGCCGCGGAGCAUGUAGGAACUGCUGUGACGGCACACAACAACCUCCGACACAUGCCAUCGUUUAUCAGCCGCCUGGAGAGCGCCUAGCCCAACAGGUGCAUUAUGGGGAAAUCAUCGUGCAGACAG